AUGCACUUUUCGACCCAUCCUCAGGCAAUUAAUGCUGUGAAGCUUUACAAAAUGCUGCUAAAAGAAGCCAGAAACUUUCCACAAUAUAACAUACGCGAGUAUGCGAUCAGGAAAAUUAAGCGGUCCUUCUCGGAGGGCAGAAACUGCUCUCCAGAAGAUGCACAGCGACUAUUUCGGGAGGGCACGAAUUCUUUGGAGCUUUUGAAAAGGCAAUCUAUCCGCCCAGUAGACAAAGUAUUGCCGAUUGAUUUUAAAUUUAUAAACCACCAUUUCAAUUUUAAGGUUUUGCCGGUGCAUACGAGACUUUUAAUCACUUUAACUUCAAUGAAAGCAAGUAUGAUCUUGCGUUCACACAAGAGAUUGUUCUCGCUGAUGUCAUCGAAAAACCAGGCGAUUUUGCCCGAUCUUGACUAUGAUUACAAUGCCUUGGAGCCUUAUAUUUUUGCAGAUAUCAUGCGGCUUCACCACACAAAGCAUCACCAAGCCUAUGUGAAUGGCUUCAAUACGGCAAUGGAACAGCAGCUAAAGGCAGAGUCCACAAACGAUAUUGGCGCUCUGAUAGGCCUGCAAAGCAUGAUCAAAUUCAAUGGCGGUGGCCACAUAAAUCAUUCGAUUUUUUGGAAAAACCUGUGUCCCACGAAAGAUUUCGCAGAGCUUGAUCCAGGCAGUGCGCUGUACCAGGCCAUUGGCCUUCAGUUCGGCUCGCUCGAAAAUAUGCAAAAAACGCUAUCCGCAAAGGCGGCAGCGGUCCAGGGAUCCGGCUGGGCAUGGCUUGGGUUUUGCAAAGACAGAAAGCAGCUCGUUAUGACGACCACUCCAAAUCAAGAUCCCCUCGCGACAGUAGGAUUGGUGCCGCUGUUGGGCAUUGACGUGUGGGAGCAUGCAUAUUACCUGCAAUAUAAGAAUGUGAGGCCCGACUAUCUCAAGGCAAUAUGGAACAUUAUAAAUUGGAAAGACAUUGCAAGCCGGUAUCAAUUGGCCAGCAAAUAG